UAACUCCCCCUUUCCCCAAGAAUAAACAGCAGUUAGUGCAACAACAUCGAAAAGCGCGUCUACUCCAAAGCUGUACGUGGCCAAAACUUUCGUACAACUGUGAAAACAACAAAGCAAAACGAACUGGACCUGUAGCAGCGGGGUAGACGCGAAGGAGAGGAAACAUGGGGACGGUGAACGCGUGCGUAAAAAGGGGCUACAUAACCGUGGCGAGCCUCAUAGCGAUUCUCAGUGCCUUGUUGUUGGCCAUCACUUUGUUCACUCACGGAUACUUCCAUGAGGAUGAACAGAUUGAGAACGUUCUCCCAGAGCUUCAAGUCAUGUACGCAACCUCUCUUAUUACUAUCCUCCUCGUCACCACUGGUUUGUAUGGAGUCUGCAAACGAAAGAAGUGGAUGUUAAUAUGUUACAUUGUUGGAAUGACGCUAUGCUCCAUGUUACUGGGAGUGUUAGGCAUUCACGGAGCGACAGGGCGACCGAAGGUAAUUCAAGAUAUAAAGGCCCAUUAUUUGGGUGUAAUUCCUUUCUCUAAUGCCAGUAAAGAGGACAUAGAUGGUAUCAAUGACUUGCAAACAGAUUUACAGUGUUGUGGGAUGUAUCAGGGUUAUCAGGACUGGGGCUACAACAUCUCGGAGGCCUGUCUCUGUGUGGAAGAUGCAGUUCACCCAUGUGUGGCAGCACCAAGAAACAGCAGUUUGUUUGAAAACGCAAAAACAGACGACCCUAUAAUGAUUUACAAAGAGCCUUGUAUCACCUACCUGGCAGACCACAUUUUGUAUGCCUUAGAUGUGCUAUUAGGAGUAAUACUGGGCACACUAUCACUAUGGGUUCUGUCGGUGGUCCUGUGUGUUGUGACUCUGUGUCAGAUGAACCGAAAAGAGGACACUCCAACGGUGGUCUACAGCCCCGAGGCCAAAGCGGGAAAUUACUCCAUUCUAUUAGAUGAUUCUGAGCUCACAUGAUUCAACCCACUGGUCUUUUUCCCUAUUUGCAAAUGGGGGACACUUUUAUAGUACAUGUUUUAAUACCUUUCUUACAGUAAUGCAGACUUUACCAAAGAGACCACUAAAUACCUGUAAUAAAAGCUUGAGGCAUUAUCAGUUUUAAAUUCCAAAAAAUAUCUAUUGAAUGUAGUUAAUAACUAAAGAUAAGCACUGAAAUUGCUUUACUAUGAAUGUUAACAUGCCAUUUUGUAUUGAAGGUCCUAUAUUACACAAAAUUGACUCUUGUGAGCUUUAAGCCAUGUUAUCGUCAAAAACAUACCUGUGUUUUGUUGCAUUCACACAUGUUUGAGUAACCAUUUGUUAUUAUUCUGUCUACAUCUCCACAGUUCUAGAUGUUCUGUUCUAUCUAAUGAUGACAAGAAGCUGCAGUUUUCAAGUUAACAGCUACCUUUUACCUUUAGUUCAGUGGAGCUUGGCAAUUACAGGGCUGAAAUCGUCCAAAUGAUUCUAGUGAAGGUGUAUGGAGUUUAAAAACACAGUGGAGCACUUCCUGUAUUACCACAUGACAUCACAAGGUGGAACAGAGUGUUUCCUGUUUCAGUCUAAAUAUGCAGGAUUUGUGUUAAACAUGUGUAAAUGAAAUAAAACAAAACAAAACUCCAGGUGUGUUUUUAAGGAGGAAACAACCUUAUAACAUAGAUCAUAACAUAGUGUAAUAUGGGCCCUUUAAAGUUACACUAUGUGACUUGUCUAGUGGAUGGUACGCCUUGCUUUGCUUGGAAUGUUCCACAGUAUGGUAUUAAACCUUUGUCUCACUUUUAUUUAAUUGCAGGUGUUUUUAUUGCUCAUAAAUACCUUAAAAACAUGCAUUCCUACUAUGAGCAGACUUAUCCCUCGACAGAUCUCUCUUGUAUCUUGGCCUCCACUGUGGAACAGGCAAGCAACUGGCAGACCCUCCACCAGAAAAGUGACGCAGUGCACCUUUAAAAUCAUUGCAUUUCUAGUGCAACAAAUGAAUGAUUUCUGAAUUUAUUGACAGGUGACUGCUGCUUUAUGUGGUGUUUUUUCACAUUCAUUGUUGGAUUGAGUGUUUACACAACAUUCUACUGAUUCCCCUUACAUUUUCAUCCUCUUCAUCCGGGGCCAGCUCGUGGAGGCAGCAGUCUAAGCAAGGAUGGCCAAACUUCCUUCUCCAAAUUUUCUCCAGCUCUUCCGAGGGGGUCCCAAGGAAGGUGGCUACACACAUUCUCAAAAUGCCAAUAUUGUGUUUUGUGUUACUAGGAACUCAGUAUUUAGUUGUCACACUUGAAGUUUUAUGCAUGGAUUUUAAAAGCACUGGGUCGAAAAAUAAAGAUAUUCCUACCUUCUGGUAUUGUACCAUGUAAUUGGCCAUAAUAACCAAAGCAGCUAUAUAAAUUCAUGUGCAAGUAAAUGGGGGGAAAGUAGAAUGAGUUUCCAGGUGCCUUCACGAUUAUGUUUUUUGUUUGUUUUGAUUUUGUCAAUAACUUUUUUUUUUAUUGUUUAAUAAAUUGAACCUCUUCACUGUGAAC